AUGUCAUUCCUCGCCCAAGUCGCCCAGCCAUGUCGGGCCACAACGACAUGUCGACUCAUAUCCAGGGCCGCAUGGCCUCAAAGAAGGCAGUUCAGUCGAACUGGACCGGUCUCCGCACCUCUCACGGCGGAGGAAGUUCAAGGAGCGCAUAAAUACUGCGUUUCUCUUCUCUCAAAAUAUGACCGACCCUCCUAUACCCUGAGCACCUUCAUCCCACCCCACGCCCGCUCUUUCUACAUCGCCCUGCGCGCAUUAAACGUCUCCCUCUCCAUGAUCCCCGAGACCACAUCCUCGCCCACGAUCGGACUCAUGCGCCUGCAGUUCUGGCGCGACGCAAUCACCAAAAUCCUCGCCGGCGCCCCACCCAAGGAACCCGUUGCGAUCCUCCUCGCCUCCGCCAUCUCCGAGCUCAACGAGCGCACCCAGGGCAGCGCGAGGAUCACCAAGGGCUGGCUCACUCGGCUGAUCAAUGCGCGGGAGCAGACACUCACUAAUGACCCCUACCCGAAUAUCGCGGCCCUCGAGUCGUAUGCCGAGAAUACUUACUCUACUUUGAUGUACCUGACGCUAGCCGCAUUGCCGAUGACAUCUGUGACGGCGGAUCAUGUGGCAUCGCACAUUGGCAAGGCGGUGGGUAUUGCGGCUGUUUUGCGAGGUUUGCCGUUGGUUGCGUUCCCGCCGCCGACGCCUCAGUCUCCCAGUGGACCUCCCGGUGUUGGUGGUGGGGCUAAACAAGGUGCUGUGAUGCUGCCGCUGGAUAUCAUGUCGCAACAUGGUGUCAAGGAAGAAGAGGUGUUGCGACGGGGUGCUGAGGCGGAGGGUCUUCGUGAUGCGGUGUUUGCUGUUGCUACGCGGGCGAGUGAUCAUUUGAUUACCGUUGAUCAGAUGUUGAGCAAUCUUCGUGCUGGAAAGGAUGUUGGACAUGACUUCGAGCACGAGGGUGAGGAGGGUCAUGAGUAUGACACUUCGGCGCUUGUUGGGGCCCGGGGGAGUGAGACACCCUUGGAUGAGGUCAACAGGGCAUUUGGCGUUUUCAUGCCUGCGAUUGCUACACGUCUGUGGCUUGAGCGACUCCAGCAGUAUGACUUUGACGUUUUCCGUCCUGAGCUGCUCAGUGGAGAUUGGAGACUACCGUGGAAGGCUUACAUGGCGUUCCGGCGCAAGAGCAUUGAAUGA